AUGUCGCUGGUAGACUACGCGGUCGCCCUGGCAGUCGUUGUUACUACAAGCUUUUUGAGCCUCGCGGUGGUCAUCCAGGCAUUCGCAGGAAUUGUACAUGCGAGAUCUGGUUGGGAGAGAGAAGACAUUGGAGAUGCCGUUAACAAUGUGCAGCCAGCGAGCUCUGAAGACUCUGGGCUUGGCGACCUAAGGCCCAGCGACCCACAGUACAAUGACGCGCAACUGGACGACCUGGUGCGUGCGGGAUCGAGUGAGCCGCAGCCGGUGGAGGAUCUGCAGUCGGCAAGGCGUAGCGACCCGUAUUCCAGCGACCUACUACCGGAGAGAUCCAGCGACCCACAUCCCAGCGACCCACAUCCCAGCGACCCACAUCCCAGCGACCCACAACCCAACGACCCACAACCUAACGACCCACAACCCAACGACCCACACCCCGGUGACCCACACCCAAGCGACCCACAUCCCAGCGACCCACAGCCCAGCAACUCACACCCCAUCAGCCCGCAGUCCGGAGAUCCGCAGCCAGCAAGUGCCAGCGACCACGACCUGCAGCUGGUGAAGUCUAGCGACCCGCGCCCGGUGAGAACCAUCGUUGGACAUUCGUCCUACAUAGACUCAUAA